CUGAAAAUAGCUUAUAAGCAACUUAUAAGCCAAUCCAAACGGACUCUUAGUGGAGUGCCAACAGUAAUUUCAUCAUACUUCAUAAGAAUAAUAUUAGUGUAAAAUGACACCUCUGCACCUUUUCUCGUCUUUGUUGUUUGUUCUUCUGUGUUACUCUCUUUAGAUAAUAUAGACUUACUAUUAUUCUUUUCACUAAUUACAGAUGCAAAACGGGAGGAAAGUGGAUUAUUUGGUCGAGAUAAAGGAAACAAAUGCUGAAGAUCAAUCAGGGUUGCAAACCAAUAAAUCCGCAAAACAAAUAUUUGAUGAAAGAUUUAAGGAUUUGAACAAUUGGUCUACCAAAUCUUGCACCAUUUUUAGAGUAAAUGUGGGGCUGAGUGAAUCCAAUCCAGAUGCUCAUAAGCCAAAGUUUAUCUCCAUUGGUCCUUAUCAUAACAAAAAUUCUGAACUUCGCUCCAUGGAAAAGUACAAAAUGAUGUACCUACAACGGUUUCUCCCAAGGAAAGAGGGGAUUGAUGUGGAGAAUUGCAUCAGACAAUUGGAGGAACUGAAGGAUGAAGCACUCAAGUGCUAUGAUGAUAUACAAAACCUCGAUAGUGACUGCAACACUGGUCAAUUUUUGCAAAUGUUGUUGCUUGAUGGUUGUUUUGUGGUUGAGUAUAUUCUAGGGCGUCGUGGAAUCAUUCCAACUGGAGAAGACACAAUUAUCAAGCGAGGUUACAUAGAUUAUCAAGUACAUCGAGACUUGUUAUUACUAGAAAACCAGCUUCCUUUCUUUGUACUCACCAAGCUUCAUGACAUGACAAAGGAAGUUGAUGAAAUACCCUUCACAAUAAUGGCGAAGUAUACCUUUCUUCCUUCCUUACCGAAGAUUACCCCAACAUCCUUUCUUGAGACGGAAGGUAAUGCAAAAAAUAUCAAACACUUACUUCACUUAGUACACAUGUCAUGUUACCCUUCAGAGAUGAAAACUAGCAUAAUUAGGAAUUCUAGCAUUAGGGAAGUAGAAUAUUGCAAGAAAAGCUUAUGCUGGAAGCUAUUACAAAAAAUUAGGUCAAAAGAAAUACCAAUAGAUAGGAACCACCUAACAUGGCAUGACAUCAUGCCAAAUGCAACAGAGCUUUGCGAAGCUGGCUUUACAAAGGUUGGUUCUAUUUAUAGAUGUUUGGAUGAAAACAACCUUGGAGAUAGCACAAGUUUAUUUGACAUUAAAUUCGAGGAAGGAUUGAUGAAAAUUCCUUGUUUUCAAGUCGUUGAUCACACAGAGACUAUCCUGAGAAAUCUCAUAGCCUACGAGCAAGAGUCAUCUAAUGUACAUCCUACGUAUUUCUUUGAUUAUGCAGUUUUCAUGGAUCAUCUUAUCGACUCAGAGAAAGAUGUGAAUUUGCUUCGCCUAAAAGGAAUCAUUAGGAAUAGAAUAGGAGAGGACAAAGAAGUGGCUUUCUUUAACAAAAUAGGGAAAGGGGUCGUUGUUUCACCCGACUACUAUUACAAAGAAGAAUGCAGAAAAGUAGUUCAACAUUGUGAAAAACCAUGGAACCGAAUGAAGGCAAAUUUGAGGCGCAAUUAUUUUCAUAGUCCUUGGGCAGGAGUUUCAACUGUGGAAGUCAUCAUACUCCUCUUACUCACAGCUACACAGACAGUUCUAUCUGUCCUAAGCGUCAUUAAGUAGUCACUUCAAUUAUAUGCCAUUGUUGAUUUGUUUUGUUAA